AUGCUACCCCUUCACCUUCUCACCGCUUGUCUUUUCUUUGUUGUGGCGCAGGUCGCUGGCAACAAUGAACGUCAUCUGAUCACUUUCAACAAGAUCAACCUCGGUAAUCUGGCUGCGCUGAAAAUUUUGAUGCACAGGGGCGGCUACACUCAUGCUCACAUCAUUCUGAAUGGUAUUCGCCACGUCAACAAGGCAGUCGGCCAUUUCGAUAACUGGAAUGACGCAUUUGGCCACCAGAGGUCGCCUGAUUCCUCAACAGCCUUCACGACAUACGGCGGUCGUCCUCUUCCUGAGGAGUACGCGGGCGAAUGGUACGAAAGUUCCUUUCUAGGAACACCCCGAGAGCCAGACAAGAAAAGCCUCGAUGAUCUGGAGCCUAAGAAAGAUAUUAUUUACGAUAUACACCAGGUGGUAUCCACAGAUAUGAGCGACCACGAAACGUUGAACGACCGCAUACUUCAAAGGGGCGGCAAGAUUGGCCGCGUGUUUGUACAGCACGGCCGCAACACACAGAUUCCCGGCAGACAUGCUCUUUCAAAGAGCGUUCCCCUCAGGCUCGGAAAGAUUUACACCACCGCCGAGAGAAUCGUUGCCAUCGGCACAACCUCGAUCACACCGGCCGAAAUCUCCGUCUCGCUGAGCAAACUCAACUUUAGGCUGCCUUCCGAGCAUAUCCGAGUGGCAUCAAAAGAUCCUUUUGCAGCCAAUACGCUGAUUCGUGUUAACAAGAUGCUCAAUCGCGACGACGAAAACCCAGCAUUGGAGUUUCUGCCAGAAGACUUACGCGAGGUGACGCCAGAUAGAUCCGGAUCCAUCGUUGAGCCGGUCCGGAAGCUUGUCCGAUCAGGCCUGAAUCGCAGCAACAUGGAUGUGUACGGAAGUCUCGAAAUUUGGGUCUCGCAAGCAAUCGAGAAAAUCAAGGAGCAAAUGAUCGAUGCAAGUGAAGAUGAGCGCGCGCAACUUGAUACGUAUUUGCACCGUCUGAAUGGGAUCCAACUCAAGCUCGAAUACAGUUCACCAAAAGAAGGCGAGGCUGAAUUUGCUGAUGCCAUGUUCACCGUCGUUCUCUUCACGGACGAGUACAAAUCUCAGCCAUUUGUGCCCAUAGGACAAGGUGAGGCGUCGUCUUCCUCUCGCCGCGGCCGCGGAGUCGAUCACGCAAGAGCCGGGGAAGUCGCUGGCGACAGCAAGGUCAGGACCUAUGAAAAUCUCCCCAGGGAAAAGCUCCUCAAUGAUGCAUUCAGAGACUUGCCCAAGAAGACCGAACUGGAAUUAUUCGCCGUAGCGGACGUCCGCAAGCACGCCAUUGCCUGCUGCGCAACGCAGCAGGAACGGGGCGUCCACGCACGACUGCAGAAGGCGUUCAAGCGCGCCCUCAAGCACGCCCUACAGGACGAAUUGCAGAGAUAA